GGAAAGAGGAUAAAAUGUGUGUAGAGAGUAAAAUUCGAAGUUCUAUAGUUGUAAAGCUGAAAGUGCUUCGAGUGUUAUAACACUCGACUACAGGGUAGUGCGAGUAGUGCGAGGCGCGGAACGGAGCGCACGGAACGCACGCAGCAACAACACAAAACAUCCGCGAAUCAUUUGGCGUUGCUAACACAAUUCGCAUGUUUCUGCUUCUCUGUCCUCAAUUGUUGAAUUGUUGUGUGCCCGAAGCAGUGCCGCCAAAAGACGCAACAGAAACGUAGUUUAAGUUUCAUCAGUGUACCAGAUCGUGUGAGAGAUUUUCCUUAUUUAAGUUCUGUUUUUAUUUCUUGUUUGAGCUAUUUCGUACGGCGUACCUUCGCUGGACUGUCGCGUGUGAGUACGAAUAGUGUGGACUAAUCGUCUUGCCGACCGUGGAAGGGAGUGUGUGAGAGCGUUCAUGAUGGCGGAAAAAUGGGUCGGAAAAUCGGUGUCGAUCCAUUGUCGAAAUAAUAUCGGAAUUUUCCAAGGCAUCAUCAAGCGGGUAACGCCAAGCGAGGUGGCCAUCACGAAGGCCGUCCGCAAUGGUAUUCCGCUGAAGCAGAACAACGUCGAGGUGACGCUCAAAUCCAGCGACAUCCUCAAAUUUGAUCUCAUAGCGUGCAGCAACGUCCCGAGCAUACCGUCGAAAGCGAUCGUGGUGGCAAAUACUAGCAUGACCACGUCGCUCGACGACCAGUUUGACGAACUGAAACUAUCCAACAACCAGGGCAAACAGCAACUGAACGGCCUCGUCGGUACAUUGAAACAGGCCACGAAAUCUCCCGCCAUUGCCAAGCUUUCGAAUAACAGUGGGACUGCGCAGGUAAGAAGCGAAAAUGGCCAAGGAUCAAGCAAAAGUAGCAGCACCCCGAUCGACAUCAGUGGCGGGGCCCGAGUGGUGAAGACGACAACGUCAGCGUCCGUCCCGAUGAGCUCCGUUUCCUUCGGUUACCAUGGCAACGGGCGACCCGGGGCCAUCGAAGGAGGCAGCUUCAACAGUAAGAAGAACGGCACCAAUGGUAAGGCGGGCCGCAGUCGAAAGAAUCUUGCCAAAGACAGCACGUUUGGCUCGCCGGACGAUGAUCCGGUUGUGAUGGACGAGGAGUUUGAUUUUGAGAAAAAUCUUGCCCUGUUCGAUAAGCAGGCGAUCUGGAACGAGAUCGAUGCGAUUCAAACGAAAGCGUCCGAGAGUGCAAAGCGCCAGGCACCAAGCUCGGCCACCAAAACCAAGUAUCGGCACGAUGAGAAUGUGCUAGCCUCGACACCGGCCCAGUACCGGCCGAUCGAGAUGGUCUGCCCGACGAAGAAGAUACUCAGCGAAAUGCGGGAGUACGUGACCGACGAAGGGGUCGUGAUUCCGACCGUACCGGAUCGUGUGCGCACCUGGAUCGAGUACAAUGCCGAGCGCGACGGUUUGACCCGCGAGCGGCAGAACGACUUUUUAGCACGCGGUGCCACCGAGCUAGCGCUACAGCUGCUGGGCGGUUCGAGGCGUCUCACGCCCAACAACCAGCACCAGUGGCCGAAGAUUGUAAUUAUCAUCGAUGAGGCGCCGCGUUUUACCAAGUUUGGAGUGGAUAAGUUUGCGGCCAGCUUCAAUCCGACAGUUCGGACCGCGUACAGCGAGGAGGAACGACUCAGCGACGUUGGCUACACCACGGCCCGGCUGCUCGCCAGCCACGGACUGCAAACGACGGUCUGCUGUUUCAAUACCGCCCGGACGGUCCUUUCGGAGGACAAUACUGAGCUGAAGCUGUACAAAUCGACCGGAAACAAGUACACGGAUCAUAUUGGCGAAUUAUCGGCGUGUGAUCUCGUGAUUGUGGCCGCCAGCAACCCGAAUCCGAGUCUGGCUCUGCGUAAAUGGAUCACCGAUAGUCGGGCGCCGGUGCUGGCCAUCGAUCCACCCGUCACCGGGAUCCAAGGGGUGCCGAUCAAAUGCUCCAUCUUGCCGAUCCUGCCAAUAAGCGGCAUCCAGGACGAUGCCUGCGGUCGGCUGUACCUGUGCAACAUCGGCAUUCCGACCAAGUACUUCAAUCAGUCCGAACUUAUCUACGCGAGCCCGUUCGAUAAGUUCGUCAUUCCGAUUCACCGACAAAAGGACGAUUAAACGGAAACGGCCACUGGCCACUGAUCUUCCGGACCUUGCCACUCCAUGAUAUUGAUUUUAUCUACCAAACACACCAAUUCGGCUGGACAGCCUCAUCCCGGCACGGACGAAUUUUAUGUUUUUCUUUUAAAUAGUGACAACGAAAACAAACGUUCACAACACACAAACCGUUUCUGAGCCCAUCAAAAUUCCAGACAUUGACCCAAUCCCGACGAAAUCCCUCUCAGACACGAAACACCAGACCCGGAA